CCCCCGGGAGCAAUGGUGUCGACGGGAUGAGUUGAUUUCACUUUGCCUUCAACCUUUUUCGGCCGCACUUUCACGCGCAUUUUCCACACGGACAGAUACACCGGGGUCAUUUCUCUUCUUUGAUUUUUUUCCCCCCCUCACCCCCUCCGCAACGAGAUAAUCUAACCAGAGCGACGGCGAUGUCCGGCGUGGAGAUCCGCGAGUACCGCGCCGGCGACGGCUGCGCGGUGCGGGAGCUCUUCACUCUGGGCAUGAGCGAGCACGUGCCCGCGGCCUUUGUGCAUCUCCUCAAGCAGCCGCCCGCUCAGAUGCUGCUCAUGUGCACCUUCUGCGCCCUGCUCGCCAGCUCCAAGUCCGUCCUGCUGCCCGUGCUCGCCGUCACGCUGCUGCUGGCCGCCGGCCGCCAGCUGCUCGUCUACAUGUUCAACGACUACAUCGAGACGUGCUACAACACAGACCUCAAAAACAUCGGCGAGACCUACAUGGCCGCCCGGGACUCCUGCUUCUGGGUGGCCGAGAGCGAGGGCUGCCUGGUGGGCACCGUGGCCUGCCUGCCCGGGAACGGCGCCCCCGACUGCCUGGAGUUGAAGCGCAUGUCGGUGCGGCGGAGCCACCGCCGCAUGGGCGUGGCCAAAGAGUUGUGCCGGAAGGUGGUGGACUUCACGCGCCGACGAGGCUACGCCGCCGUGGUCCUGAUCACCUCGGUGGUGCAGACGGACGCGCAGAAGCUCUACGAGGAUUUGGGGUUCCGAAAGGUGCGAGAAUUUGUCAUGCCCAACGUGGCGUCCAAGCUCUCGAACUUCUCGCUCUUUGAGUACAGACUGGAUCUGCGCCAAGACCCCGCGGAAAAAAAGUUGUGAGAAGUGCUUCACAUCUGUGUUGCAUUGAGGCCACCAACUUGUGGGAAAUUGGAAUCUCUUCAAGGAAUUGGCGGAGGAACGCUGUGCCGCACCGGACCGGAACGGCAGGCGUCGGCUCACGCAACACAGAUGUGAAGCCGUUGCCGGUCGACGGAACGUCCCGUGAGCUCGCAAGCGCCCACUGGCGCUUCGAUGCAGCCGAUGAAUCGUUUCGUGCAACGGUCGGGUUUAAUUCUUCUUCUUAAUGGGAACGCAGUGUUACUCGGAGUGCUGCCCAUUGACUUUCGACCAGACUUUUUGCUUUCAAAAUGUUUGCGUUGAGUU